AUGAACCUCGAUACGCGCCGGAGCGUAUUCUGGGUGAGCAAUGUACAUUGCUCAUCCUGUGUGGCAUAUGUCACCGAAGUCCUAUCCGAGAUUCCAAUGGUUCAUGAUAUUGAUGUCUCGAUCCUAACUCACGAGGUGCGGGUCGUCCAUGGGAGUACUGCGCGGCCGGCAGAUCUCGUUGCAGCGCUGAUUCAUGCCGCGUUCGAGGUUUACCAUGCAACAUCCUUCGAUGAGAGAGGGGUAGUCAUCGCCGAUCUCGAUACUGCAUCCUGGAACUCUCGUGCGUCCUUAUUCUCUACGCCGCGCACGUCCUAUUCUAGUAUCUCCUCCAAUUUGAAGGAGCGCUUGCAAACCAGCAGAGAGAAGCGACACCUUGCCAACUGUGAUGCUUGCAGGAAGGAAGAAACUGAGAAUCUUUCUCGCCAUUCCAUUCAUACAGAAACAGAAUGUUUGCCCGAGAAGUCCCCGCAGACUCUAUGGAGACCAAGUGAGAGCCUCGAGCGAGAUCAAGACCAAGACCCAAAGCGUUUGGAAACGCCACCGGGGCAUGCAGUGUACCCCAAUUUGGCUUCGGUUGCCCCCUCUGAAGUUCGCGUUGAGCAUGACCCUUCUCUGCCGCCACAAGUACCCACUGGAUUCAACGAAAACCCCCAAACGCCUUCAUUCAAUUUGGACGAGUUUACUGCGCGAGUAAGCAUUGGGGGUAUGAGCUGUGCAUCCUGUGUCAACAGCAUCACUGGCGAAGUGCAGCAGCUUGAAUUCGUCACAAAUAUCACGGUCAAUCUUCUCACUAACAGCGCCACACUGCGCUACACUGGUCCUCGAGAAAACAUUGACAAAGUAGUUGAACAAAUCGAAGAGACUGGAUUUGAAGCCUCACUUGACGAAGUUCACCCGGUUCACAAGGCUGCUAGUCCUCAGCCAACCCCGACAAACUAUGCCAGCGAAAUUGCGAUAACUGGCAUGACCUGUGGAUCUUGUGUCGGGGCAGUCACACGAGGACUGGAAGAGCUAAAUUUCGUCCAAGAUGUUUCAAUAAGCCUACUCUCGCAUAGCGGGCGAAUCGAGUUCAGCGGGAGGGACAACCUCGACAAGAUUGUGGAGAAGAUUGAAGACCUGGGAUACGAUGCCGCCGUCAAUAGUGUUCAUCCGUUGAUCGGAAGCAACAGCACUCCUGACCCGGUCCAAACAAGAACAGUAUCCAUUCGUGUAGAUGGGAUGUUCUGUCAUCACUGCCCGGAAAAGGUCCUGGGGACCCUCAAGUCGCUCCCGGACAUGAUCGUCGAGGAGCCGCUGUCUGAGAAGAACCCUGUCAUCAAAGUCACAUACAUACCCCAACAACCUAAUCUCACCAUUCGUUCGGUACUGUCGACCAUCAACGCGACAAAUGACUCUUUCCGCGCCAGCAUCUACCAUCCACCCAGCAUCGAAGACCGCUCGCGGCAAAUACAGCUGCAUGAACGACGCCGGCUGCUAUCGCGGUUACUAUUUGUCUUUGCUGCAACAAUUCCCACGUUUAUAAUUGGUAUCGUGUUCAUGUCACUCGUUUCUUCUGACAACCCGAUUCGAAUGUUUUUGGAGCAGACCAUGUGGUCCGGCAGCGUGACUCGCAUCGAAUGGGCACUGUUCAUCAUGUCGACGCCGGUGAUGCUCUACGGCACCGAUGUGUUCCAUGUUCGCGCCAUGAAAGAGAUUUAUGCCCUGUGGCGGCCUGGGAGUCGGGUGCCCAUUUUGCGAAGAUUCUAUCGUUUUGGCAGCAUGAAUCUUCUGAUCUCGGCAGGAACCUCGGUAGCCUAUAUUUCAUCAUUGGCUGUGCUCAUCGCCGAUGCUGUUGUGGGUACCAAGUCCAGUGCGCACAGCACUACUUACUUCGACUCGGUUGUCUUUUUGACUCUGUUCAUUCUCGCUGGCCGGUUCCUAGAAGCGUACAGUAAAGCCCGAACCGGUGAUGCAGUUACAUCGCUGGGAAAGCUUCGGCCUUCCGAGGCGUUGUUGGUUGACAACGCAAAUGCCUUGGAUGGCAGUGCGUCCGAGAACACCGGGGCCGAGGGAUUAAAACGAACCCCUGUUGACCUUCUGGAGAUUGGUGAUGUUGUCAGCAUUCCUCAUGGAGCAUCGCCUCCUGCGGACGGCGUGGUGGUAGAUAGCGCCUCUUGCCAAUUUGAUGAAAGCUCUUUGACUGGAGAGUCGAAACCGGUCAAGAAAAUUGCGGGAGACCAAGUCUACACUGGCUCUGUCAAUGCUGGCCAGCCAGUGCAGAUCCGGAUUACCGACCUCGGAGGAUCAUCCAUGCUUGAUCGGAUUAUCGCCGUGGUGCGCGAGGGACAGAGCAAGCGUGCGCCUCUCGAACGAAUCGCCGAUCUGCUCACGUCGCAUUUCGUUCCGGCGAUUACUUUUGUUGCUAUUAUCACUUUCAUCAUCUGGCUUGCCCUUGGACACUCGGGUAUGCUUCCGGCUGAAUAUCUCGACGUUGCACACGGUGGUUGGACCUUUUGGAGUUUGGAGUUUGCGAUUGCAGUGUUUGUAGUGGCUUGUCCCUGCGGCGUAGCCCUCGCUGCUCCGACGGCCCUGUUUGUUGGAGGAGGUCUUGCCGCGAAGCAUGGCAUCUUGGUCAAAGGGGGCGGUGAAGCCUUUCAAGAAGCGAGCCGCCUUGAUGCCAUCGUUUUUGAUAAGACGGGUACGUUGACCGAAGGAGGAAGCCUGAAGGUUUCCGAGCACGAGGUCUUGACGAAAGCCCCCGAGCUCGAGAAGGUCGCAUGGGCUCUCGCCCUGAAGAUGGAAGAGAGAAGCAAUCACCCCAUCGCACAAGCAAUUUCUGGAUUCUGCAAAUCACAGCAGCAAUCCGUUCCAGUCCUUUCUUCAGACAUUCACGAGAUUUCCGGACACGGCAUGAGGGGAACGUUCACCGUGUCUGGGAACAGCUCCGAGAGCGAGCAAUACGAAGCCGCUAUUGGCAACGAGCGCCUUCUCCACAGCCUUUUGUCCACUGAAACGGACACAUACUUUGUUUCCAACCUUCUUUCGAAAUUCCAGUCCUCGGGAAAAUCAACUGCAAUACUUUCAUUACGCCAUAUUGACCCGCAAUCCCCCGAACCAUCUCAAUUCUUGCCUGUCAUUGUUUUUGCUACCUCGGACACGAUUAGAUCAGAGGCCAUCGAGGUUAUCUCGCAGCUCCAGAAGCGCCAUGUCGAUGUCUUCAUGUGCACGGGCGACAACCAAAAAACCGCUCAUGCUGUCGCAGAUAUGCUGGGUAUUGCUCGGUCAAACGUCAUGGCCAACGUUCUCCCCGGCGAGAAAGCCAGCUUUGUGCGCCAAGUCCAGGAAGCAACCUCCAGUUCAGAAGAUAAGCGAACAACACAUCGUCAGUCCACAAAACGUCCAAUCGUCGCCUUUGUCGGCGAUGGCGUGAAUGACUCCCCAGCUCUGGCAGCUGCGGAUGUAAGUAUCGCCAUGGCCUCCGGCUCCGACGUAGCCAUCAACUCGGCCAGCUUCAUCCUCCUCAACUCCGACCUCUCCACUAUCCUGCAACUGGUCCUGCUCAGCCGGCGCGUGUUCAAUCGCGUCCGCAUGAAUUUCGGCUGGGCCGUCGUGUACAACCUCUGUUUGGUGCCCGUGGCAGCCGGCGUCUUCUAUCCUAUUGUCAGUGACCACCACCAGAAAACGGUUGGUGGCGAAAUGGUCACAGUCAAUGAGCAUUGGAGGCUGAGUCCCGUAUGGGCAGCGCUGGCAAUGGCGCUGAGUAGCAUCUCAGUUGUCUUGAGUAGUCUGGCGCUCAGGGUUGAUCGAGAGAGCAUCGUGAAGAUGGUGCGGCUGGGGAAAUAA